CAAUGCAUUUGUGGAAUACAUUGUCAUUCAGUAUUGUUACAUGUAGAUGUAACUAACUAUUCUUGUGGUUCAUUGUCUGUGCAGCUUAUAUGCCAUAUCCAUUUCCUAUUUAACUCUCAGUCACUGACUUCCAUGGACGCAAAUUGUUUCAGCAAUCCAGACAACCUCAAAGAAGUUCUUCAGAAUGGUUCAUACCAGGGUGUUGCAUUAAAAGGAGCCACCCCAAGUAUGACCUAUAAAGAAUCAAUAAUUGAUGGCUUUAUAGCAGCAAUACAACAGAGAUUCAACGUAAAUAAAAAAGAGUUAGAUGUUAUCAGCUCAACAAAGAUUCUUAACAUGAAAAACUGGCCUGUUCAUAAAAGCUCAGACAUACAAGGUUCCCAGUUUUGAAUUUCAGCUGAUGUUUAGUUUACAUUUCUUCGUUUUAUUUAAUUUGCAGUUGCAUGACAGUUGACAGGUUUUUGUUUGGCAUUUGUUAACAUUGUCUUUUUAUGAGUUUAUUUCAUUUGUAUAUGUAUUUUUAGGUUUAAUUAUGAACUCUAAUGGUGCAGAUCAGUAAGUAUUAAUUAACAUGCAGUAAAAAGAGAUCAGAAUUUCAACUUACAUUAGGCAUAUAAAAAUCCAAAAUAUAAUAAUGGUUUAAUUCUCUUUUGGUAUAUUUUUUGAAGUGCCAUUGCAUUAUGAGGAUUUAAUUAGAUCUGAUCAUUAAUGAUUUAUUUGAAUUGAGGAAAUGUGGAUUAGUGCUCAUUGUCAUUACAAAGUUUAGAUGUACAAUAUUGCACUGAACAUCUUAUUCUAUGUUACACUCUAUAUUUAUAGGGUAUGGUGUUGAAGAAAUGACAACUAUUUGUCGCCAUUAUGAGAACACCUUGAAAUGAGCGAACGAAGAUUUCUUAUCAUUGUCAGCUACACUAGAUGAAUUUAGGCUUCUGAAGAGAGUGUUAUAUGCCAGGUAUUUUAUAACUUGUACAUAUUUUAUUCAUAAAUAAGUGAUGAGCACAAGUUUUAUCUUUUUUUUUUUCAUGAAUGUUGUUGAACCAAACUUUAAAAUUCUAAUGAACUAUGUCUAACAUUCAAAGACUAAGUGAAUUUGCUUAUAGGUUAUUUCUAAACUGUUUGCUUAAUUUUUGCAAAAAUUAUUAUAAGGUUGUAGAUGGAUACUUUAUUCUCAAUAGAAGUAAAUGUUUACGAGUUUCUCAUUGUUUUUAUUUUACCUUAAACUUGUUCUUGCAGACAUGGGACAAAGCUGCACUCUUUGUGCUGGAAGGACAUGUACGACCCAGAGUUUCCUUUAGUUAUGUUGGUAUUUGAGACACUCAGUUGUUUACCUCCCACAAGUGUUUCUUGUGAAACUACCUUCAGCCAGAUGAAACUUAUUAAAACCAGCAGGAGGACAAGGCUUCGAAACACAACUCUUAACAAUCUCCUAUUAAUAAAACUUGAAAGUCCAAAUGUUGCUGAUUAUACACCAGAUAAGGCUGUGGAAAAGCGGAUGAAUGCAUCAGUAAUGCCUAGGCGGCCAACCUACAGCAGAAAACUUAAAGCAGAUGUUGUAGACUUGACAAAAGAGCUAGAAACAGACAUACAGCAGGAGGAGAGAGAGAGAGAGAAGAGCAGGAGGAGAGAGAGGCAGGAGAGAGAGAGACAGAAGAGCAGGAGAGAGAGAGAGACAGAAGAGCAGGAGGAGAGAGAGACAGAACAGGAAAUUGAGACAGAACAGCAGAGUAUGAAUGAAACGGAGAGUGACACAGAGCAGGAUUCAAGGGCUACUGCACAAGAGGAGGAUGUUGCCGCACUGAACCUUAUUUCCAAAGGCGACGACGACGAGAAUGACGAAUUCUGUAUAGAUUUUGUUUAUGAGGAGGACACUUGGAGGGAUAUCUUCCUCCUUUCCAGAGAUAACCGAGACACUUCAUACGCUUAAUAAAUUACUGAAACUAUCUGGUCUUCAUUAAAUUCUUAGGAACCCUUAUCUUUUUGUUCUUUUUACGUGCUUUCAUGUUUUAAUAUAAAAUCCUACUACUUUUUUUCGGUCUGGUAAAAUGUGAUUCGGUCUGGUAAUGUUCCUGUGUUUACCAGACCGAAUGUCCUGUAAAACAUUUCAACAUUUCGCGAUCACUGGCUUAAAGUCCUGCGAAAUUUUCCGCCACACCAAAAUAUCUCAUGGAUGUGUGAGCAAGCUUCCAAACCAAAAGUAUUUACUGACAUUGUGGUGGACAUGGUCGUCAAGUAUAAGACCAAAAAAAAAAAAAAAAACCC